AUGUAUUUAUUAUUUAGACCUGAUGUAUUAUUAGAACAUGGUCCUCAUACAUCUCAUGAUGUCAUACUUGAAGAUGAUAUUGAUCCACCAUUUGCACCGCGUACUGUUGUAGUACAAAAGAAUAAACCUAUAACAGAUCAAUAUGAACUUCUGGAAUUUCUUGGAAGAGGAAAAUUUGGUGAAGUAAAAAAAUGUCGUGAACGAGCAACAAAACAUUUAUUAGCUGCAAAAUUUAUACAAAUUAAUAAAGAACAAGAUCGUACUGAAGCAGUUAAUGAAAUUGAAAUAAUGAAAGCACUUCAACAUCCAAGACUUUUACAACUUUAUGAUGCUUUUGAAACAAAAUCAGAUAUUUGUCUUAUUAUGGAAUUAAUUACUGGUGGAGAACUAUUUGAACGUGUUAUUGAUGAUGAUUUUAUAUUGACAGAACGUCUUUGUGAAUUAUAUAUGAUGCAAAUAUGUGAAGGAGUGAAUUUUAUGCAUUCAUGUAAUAUUAUUCAUCUUGAUAUGAAGCCCGAAAAUGUUUUAUGUUUAAAUCGAAAUGGUCAUCGAAUAAAAAUUAUUGAUUUUGGUCUUGCUCGAAAAUUUGAUCCAGAUCGGCAACUUAAAGUGUUAUUUGGUACACCAGAAUUCGUUGCACCAGAAGUGAUCAAUUUUGAUCGAAUAGGAUAUGGUACGGAUAUGUGGUCUGUUGGAGUUAUUUGCUAUGUUUUAUUGUCCGGUUUGAGUCCAUUUAUGGGUGAUAAUGAUAAUGAUACAUAUACAAAUAUAAAUCGAGCUAAUUAUGAUUUUGAUGAUGAAGCAUUUACUGAUAUAUCAGAUGAAGCAAAAGAUUUCAUCUCAAAAUUACUUGUCAAAAAUAAAGACAAACGUCUUCAAGCUAAAGAAUGUCUUACUCAUUCAUGGUUAACUCGUCGACCAAAAUUAGUUUCAACUCCUAAGGAUGAAGAAACAGCUGAAAAGAAAUUAUCAACAAAAAAAUUACGCAGAUUUGUCAUACGAAGACGUUGGCAGAAAGCAGUCAAUGCUUUGUUAGCAUUGAAACGUAUGGGAAUGACGUUGUGA